AUGCCAGGCGUUGUCGAAACACCAGCCGGCCCUGUCUGGCCUGGCUUGGGCUACACCGUCGCACAUCAGAGGGUUGAGCUGGAGAUAGAUUUCGCAAAUAAGGCCCUCAAAGGCAAGACGGAAAUUACGAUCCACCCACACUCCAAAGACCUCAGAACCAUCCGCUUAAAUUUCCGGCAGGGUGAGCUUAAACGGUUGAAUGUUAAUGGAAAGGCUGCAACAACCAAAUAUGCAGACCCUUACGAGUCGCUCCAGCUGUACGGCCCACACUAUCACCAGCGUCUGUCUUCCAAGAUCGAUGGCCUCUUAAAAAGUCCGCCAGACCCUGAUCUGUUGGUCAUAAUCCCGAAAAGUGUUCGGAUCGACGAACUCGACCCUUUUUCAAUCGAGGCUCAGGAUCAAAUGGCACUGCGUGCUACCGGUGCCACCGAUGAUGCUGAUGGAAUGGGUCCCAAAACAGCAGACACGACGCUUCCAAGAUUCACGGCUCUGUCACUCAAUGUCGAAUUCUCCAUAGAAAAUAUAAGGGAUGGGUUGCAGUUUGUAGGGGUGGAAAAUGGUGAUAGACGCUAUCCGCACGCUUAUACGACAAAUUCCCUUGGGUAUGGUGUCGGCUGCCCCCUCUUCCCUUGCAUUGAUGACCCUUCAUCGCGUUGCACAUGGGAACUAUCGGUUAAAUGCCCAUGUUCGUUGGGUGAUAUUUUCGACCGUAAACAUCGGGAUGGAUCUGGUGUUCCUGGCUCUGGUCGACCAAAAACUUCGCUUGGAAAUGGCCGUUAUAUCUCUCCCGACGAUGAGACGUUGGAUUUGUCGGUGGUUUGCUCGGGAGAUAUGACAGAUGAGAUUGUUGAUCCGAAAGAUCCCAGCAAGAAGACAGUUUCAUUUGCGUGCUAUUCGCCCCUUUCAGCCCAACAACUUGGGUUUGCUGUAGGGCCUUUCGAAUACGUCAAUCUAUCUGAUUUCCGUGAAAGCGACCAGGACGAGCAACUUGGUUUAAAUGCCAUUCCUUUACAUGCAUUUUGCCUUCCUGGGAGAAGUGACGAAGUCAGAAAUACCAACUUUCCGAUGGCGAAAGCGAUUGAUUUCUUUUCGCUAACCUAUGGAUCAUAUCCAUUCUCCAGCUAUAAAAUGUGCUUCGUGGAUGAUACAGCCGAGGACACUAUGCCAACAGCGUGCUUGUCGAUUUGCAGUAACCACCUACUUUUCCCUGAAGAAGUUAUUGACCAGAUGUAUGACUCAACACGGUCACUGGUCCAUGCUUUAUCGUGCCAAUGGAUAGGCGUAAACAUUAUUCCAAAGGAACCCGUUGACACUUGGGUUACGGUUGGUGUCGCAUGGUACAUAACAGACACCUUCAUGAGAAAACUUUGCGGCAACAAUGAAUAUCGUUUCCGGCACAAGCAAAUGUCGGACAGGGUAUGCGACCUGGAUUAUGAACGUCCAUCAAUCUACGACAUGGGAACUAUUUUGAAGCUUGACCCUUCUGAAAUAGAGUUCAUUGCACUCAAAGCUCCUCUUGUCCUUUUCAUUCUCGAUCGACGACUCACGAAGGCUAGUGGGAAAGCCACCAUGUCCCGGAUUAUUUCUCGGCUUUUCUUGAACGCUCGAAUGGGCGACAUACCCAACGGUGCCGUUACUAGCUCGCUCUUCCAGAAGACCUGCGAACGGUUAGGCCACGCAAAAUUGGACGGAUUCUUCGGUCAAUGGGUUUACGGUGCUGGCUGUCCGCGGUUUCAAGCCACCCAAAGAUUUAAUAAGAAAAAGCUUGUGGUUGAAAUGAUGAUCAAGCAGGUUCAAUCCGAGCAGCCAACUACUCGUGAUUUGGAUAAAAAUGCGUUUAUGCGAGAUGUCAAGGAAGAAGUUCGGGGCGUCUACGCUGGCACAGUCCAGCCGGUUUUCUCGGGCUCAAUGACGAUUCGAAUUCACGAAGCUGACGGCACGCCGUAUGAACACAUUGUUGAAAUUAAAGAGGGUGUCACAAAAUUCGACAUCCCAUAUAACACAAAGUAUAAGCGUUUAAAACGCAACAAAAGACAGAAGGAGCGUGCCGCUGCCACAUCAGGUGAUUUGAAUGCGGAAGUCCAAGAAGAUGUUUUGCUCUAUUGCCUCGGUGAUGUGUUACAGACAGAAGAUGAGAUUCAAGAGUGGAAGCUCGCUGAUUGGAGCAAGGAAGACGAAGAGCGAAUGGGACAAGAAUCAUAUGAAUGGAUUCGGAUGGAUGCAGAUUUCGAAUGGAUCUGCAAACUCUCACUGGUGAUGCCGGGCUACAUGUAUCUUUCUCAACUACAACAGGACCGAGAUGUCAUAGCCCAGCUAGAGUCCCUGCAAUAUAUGGCCGCCCAACGAGAGCACCCAUUGAUCUCCACAAUAUUUGUCCGCACACUCAUGGAUCGUAGAUACUUUUACGGGAUCCGUGAGGCUGCUGCGCGAGCCUUGGUCAAGCAUGCUAAAGAAGAAAUCAACUGGUUAGGUUUAUUCCAUCUUGAGAGGGCCUUCCAGGAGCUUUUUUGCAUUCCAGGCUCGCCCAUGACCCGAUCAAAUGACUUUUCUGAUCGAGCUGCAUAUGUUCUCCAAUUAGCCAUCCCGGAAGCCAUAUCCAAGGUCCGGGAUAAUGAUGGCAAGACACCGAUGAGGGUAAAGCGAUUCCUCUUCGAUAAGUUAAAAUUCAACGAUAACUCCAACAAUGAGUUCUCGGAUAAUUUUUAUGUGGCAACUUUAAUGCGGUCAUUGUGCCACGCAAUGCUGGGGAGAGUUGAGUCUUCUCGCUCCGAGGACUUGGAUGAAUUCGACAUGGAACGAGUCCUUGAAGUACAGGCAGAAGAACAAUUGGAAAAGGAUGCCAUUGCCGAAAUCGAUCGAUACCGGAGAAUGGACGAGUGGUCGAGUUCUUUCCAAAACGUUUAUUCACGAGCUGCACUGCAUUGCCAAAUGCAGUUGAUGCAAGGGAAAGCAUUGGACCUUGACGUGAUGCAGUUUCUCCCCUAUACCCGGGCUGGAACUUACGACUUGCUGCGCCUGGAUGCUUUCGAGUGCCUAGUCGAGCUUGAUUUGUUUAGGAGCCCGGAGCUCCUUAGGUGGUUUAUUUUUACCAUGUCUAGCGACUCAUCGCUUUGGGUUAGGCGGCGACUCCAUGGCCUUUUCGGAAAGGCCCUAGCGCCUGUUGCAUUCGGCAGUGGAACAACUUCAGAGCCAGCAGUCCAAGCAGAUGGCUUGAUUAUCGAGCAAGAAUCCUCUACGGAGGUCCGCCAAGCAGAUCUCGCGCGAAGGCAAACCGUCACCGGGGCGCUGGAGGCUCUCAAGAACGAAGUCUCCGGCGACCAAACUUUGAAGGAGUCUCUUUGGUCCGCAUGCAACUCACCAUGUAUCGGAGUACUUGAACUUCUUGAAUUUUCCGAUCUCUGCAAGGUCUUAUAUGACACGGUUUCCUCCGUCAUGGUAUCGCUGAAAUAUCCGCGAUACUGGAAAGUCAAACAUCUGGGAAAGGGACGCAUGCAUUUCUACCGGUCCAGUCGUGUCCGGACAACCCUCGCGCCCUCCAAAGACGCAGCGGCAGCGUCCGCAAAGCGCAAGCGAGAGGAGCAGGGAAUGCCACCCCCGGGCCCUCGCAUCACAUUCAAGCAGUCAAAGAUCGGCUCAAGCACCCCAUCCGCUACAUCUCAUGCAAGCCCACAAGUUCCCAAGAUUCCCAAGCUGCAUAUACCAAAGCAUUCUUCCCCUGCCCCCCAAGCUGCACCGAGAACACCAGCUACUCCAUCGACCCCGUCUACCCCUGGAGGCGGCGGGUUCAAACUAAAACUGAAAUUCGGACAAAAACCGAAAUAA